GCGAGCGCAGGGAGCUGCCACACCGCGGGGCUAUAAAAUAGAAAGCCCGCAUCUGCCCCUCAUUGCGUGGUGUCAAAAACCACAAUCUCGAUUGAAGCAUUCUCAGAAACUUUAUUAGGUGUAUAUUUCUCUCAGUUCAUAGCUCUUCGUCAAGACGCUCUGUUAGCUGGCCAAAUUUGUUGGACCAACGUGCUAUCUCAUCCAGUCAACCAGCCAUGGACAGCGCCAUUUCCAACAAGGGAGCGUCGUGGUCGCUGCAAAACACCCAGGCCCCAUCCGCAGACCGCGGGGUAAUGGCUCUCUUCUCGCUCAAGGGGAAGACAGCCAUCAUCGCCGGUGCCGCCGCGGGAAUAGGCCUUGCCGUCGCUCAAGCGUACGCUGAAGCCGGUGCCAACGUUGCCCUGUGGUACCACAGCAACAAGUCGGCUCACGACCGCGCUGCUGAAAUCGAGAAGAAAUACGGUGUUCGAUCCAGGGCAUACCAGGUCAACGUUCAGGAACCCCAGCAGAUCGAAAACGCCGUCCAGACCGUCCUCAAGGAGUUCAACGGCCGUCUCGACAUCUUCGUCGCCAACUCUGGCAUUCCUUGGACCCAGGGCGCCGUGACGGCUGGCCAGCUCGAUCACUAUCGCAAGGUCAUCAGCACCGACCUCGACGGAGUUUACUACGCCGCACGGGCCGUGGCACCGGUCUGGCGGCGACAGAAGCAAGAAGGGACGGAUAUCAAUGGAAACAAGCUCCACAACUUCACGUACGGUAGCUUCAUCGCGACUGCGUCGAUGAGCGGACACAUUGUCAAUGUCCCGCAAUUGCAGGCGGCAUAUAACGCUGCAAAGGCCGGAGUCAUCCAUCUCUGUAAAUCCCUGGCGAUGGAGUGGGUUCAAUUCGCCCGUGCCAACAGCAUCUCUCCGGGAUAUAUUGCUACCGAACUGUCUAGCUUUCUUGGUGAAGACACGCUGAAGAUGUUGCAGGGCAAGAUCCCAAUGGGCCGCGAGGGACAGCCACACGAAUUGGCCGGUGCAUACGUGUACUUGGCCUCUGAUGCUUCGAGCUACACCACUGGCACGGAUAUCAUCGUUGACGGUGGAUACACUUGUCCCUAAAUUGAUGGAUUUCGAUUCACCACACUUCUUUCGGGUUUGCUUGGAUCUGGCGUACUUGAAAGAAUGGAAUUUGAAGCCACAUGAAAUAGAUAGAUCGGUUCCUUCUAUGAACCUUGUGACCAGCGCUAGACAACAAUGAAAAAAGCGAGGCGGGAUUUUUUUCCUUAU